AAAGUGACCCCAGAAAAUUAAUCGCGUACAUAUUAUACCCACAGUUCCUUCGUCUCUAAUUCCCCAAAAAUUCUCACCGAUUCUAGGGUUCCAAACUUUUCGAUCCUCAUCUGCAAAUCAAUCAUAUAUGCAACCCCCAAACAAUUCUCGAUACAUCAACCAAUUUUCUUGAAGUUUCCUGCACUUAAUUAUGAUUAUCUCCCUGCAAUUUUCACCAUUAUUUUCAGGCAAAAAUCUUGAAAAUCCUCGUGUUUUUGGUCCUAUUUUGAAUCCUUUUGCACCUUACAACAUGGCUAAUCAUUCCUCUCGCUAAAUUCCUCUUACCCUUUUGUUAUUUUCCCCAAAUUAUGUAAAAAAAUUGAAACUUUGAUAUUGGGGUCUUUUUGAUCCUCUUAGUUGUUAAAGUUUGGUGCUUUACUAGUUUUUGUGCAAGAAAUUAAUGAUUUUUAUGAAAAUUUGAGGAGGGUUGUAUGUAAUUGUGUGUUAUAUUUGUUGGGUUUUGUUGAAAAUUGUUGUUUGAUUUUGAUUUGUGGGUUCUUGGGGGUUGGGAAUUUGGGUUUUUUGUUUUGUUAUUUGUACUGAAUUAUGGGACAGGAACACGUGGGUUUUAAUCGAAGAAGGCGUAGGAGUCCUCGAUGUGGAACUGAGAUGGAUGAUAGGGGUUGGACAGUGCUUCACAUUGGUGCGUGUAAAGGCGAUGUCAAGGAGGUAAGACGACUUCUCGAUGAAGGAAUGGAUGUCAAUGUGCCUGCUCUAGGCCCCAGGUCACAUGGGGUAACCCCCCUCCAUCUUGCUGCUAAGAGUGGGAAUAUCAAAGUCAUGGAUGAACUACUCGAUCGUGGUGCAAAUAUUGAUGCCCGAACUAAAGGCGCUUGUGGAUGGACCCCACUUCAUAUUGCAGCUAAAGAAAGAAAUAGAAAAGCAAUCAAAUACCUUGUUGAAAAUGGCGCUUUUUUACCAGAUAACAUUGAUGACACCAGGUUUAAUCCCCCACUCCAUUAUUGCCCUGGUCUUGAGUGGGCUUACGAUGAGAUGAAACGUAUUCAGCAAGAUAGCUCGUCAUCAGGUGAGGCCUCCUACAGCUCUGAAAGCUGAGGCCAUGCAGUUUGCAACUACAUCAUGCAUGGAUUCCGGUACUGUGCUACUUUAUAGAAACUCAACAUUAUUGACUAAAUAAACUUGUUUUUCUUGUAAGUUUCUUCGACUAUUGUCUUGUGAAGAUGAAGAUACCCUGAACUGGAAGAUAUGUAUAGAAUUUGCUACCUUGCAUGGUAAUAAUGUGAACUAUGGAUUGUUUGUGUGUGAUCGGUGUAGUUGCCUAUGGUAAAGUCGUUGAUUGGCAAUAAGUUGUUUGUUGCGAGUUAUUCUUCCAAUUUAAUACAAACAGCAUGUUCACCGA